AUGACAUCGCCUUCCAAAUCAUUUUUGGGAGCAUUCCUACUCAUCGCCCUUUUGCUCAGCACCAACACGGAUGCGGGUGGCGUCAAGAACGAUGGCACGGCUAAAGUCAAAGGAUACUAUCCGACUUAUAAUUCCAAAGUGCAAACACCUUCAAAGAUAGAUUGGGAUGCAUAUACCGACGUCUUAUUCUUUAUGGUCAUCCCAGAAGCAGAUGGUACCUUGUCCUUUGACCCUGCACUUACUCGGCUUGAAGGGGAAGCGCUGGUAAAAGAUUUUGUCGAUGCAGCGCGCAAGCACAAAGUGAAUCCUCUCUUCAGUACUGGUGGUUGGACGGGCUCACGUGCUUUCUCUAAAUUGGCCGCGACCGCUCCUUCGCGCAAGCAAUUCGCAGAAACACUCGUCAAUUUUGGGAAGAAAAACGGCUUUACUGGAAUUGAAAUGGACUGGGAAUAUCCGAAUGGUGAAGGGAUUGGGUGUAACUCCCGGCUUCCAGAGGACGUCGUCAAUUUUGGCUUACUAACUAAGGAAAUUCGCACUUUAUGGCCCGAAGUUGAACUUACCGCAGCUGUGAGUGUAACCGGUUUGAUUGGCGCCUCUGGUCAAGCUGCCACGCCGAAGGAGACUGCUCUAUUGAAUGAAAACCUAGACUACAUAAAUCUCAUGGCGUAUGAUGUUUACGGCGCCUGGUCUAAAACUACCGGUCCGAUCGCCCCACUUCAUGCCACAUGUGCCGAUGAAGACUCUGCUCAAUCGGUCGAGACCGGAUUUCAGGUCGCACUCAAACAAGGUUUCAAGGCAUCUCAGGUCCUCUUGGGUAUCCCAGGUUAUGCCAAGCGCUUCAAACUGACUUCAUCCAAGCUGGUGCCUAAGACCGUCGGUGGCCAAACCACGCUCUACUAUCAAUCAAAAUCCCCUUCUGUUCGCGGAGGAGAAUUUGACGACAAGCCAGGUAAAGACAUUUGUGGCAACCCCGUAAGUUGGGGCGGGUCGUACCUCGUAACCGAGCUUAUCAAGAAAGGCUGGUUGUCCAAGGACCAAAAGCGUGGUCGCGACGGAUACAAGCGGUACUUCGAUGAAUGCAGUGGCCAGCCCUUCCUCGCCAAUGACAAAUACCUGAUUUCGUACGAUGACGAGGAAAGUACCAUCGCCAAAGCCAAGUUUGCCAAAGAAAACAAAAUGGGCGGGAUUUAUUUCUUCGACACCAUGGGGCCGCCGAUAGACACUGUGAGAAAUGCACGAAAGGUCUUCUCGAAAUGA